UCUCAGCCAUUUCUUCGCAAGAGUAGAGAGGCCGCCUCCUUCAGUCAAUCGGUGCUCAAUUAGCUACAUGCUUUCACAUUUUCCACUAGUAGAGAGGUCUUUAACCAGUACGCAUUCCGUAAAUUUCCUCUGCUUUUCCCACAAGUGAAACCGACUCUUGCUUUUGCCCUUGUUGAUUUGUAUGUUUACUCAGCUCUCAUUCCAUUUGCAAAGGAGGACUAGGAACUUGGAGUAAACGGAGCAACAUAGAUCACAGGAAGCUUGCAAAGGCGAUCAUAUCUGAAGCUUGUUUUGAUAGGAAACCAUGGCUCUGGAAGUUGUGGGUGGAGCUUUUCUCUCUUCUUCUCUUGCUGUUCUGUUUGAUAGGAUGGCUUCUCGUCCGGUUGUUGACUUCAUCCGAGGAAAGAAGACCGCCGCUGUGCUGCUCCACAAGUUGAAGAUGAAGUUGUUGUCGGUUAAUAAGUUGCUUGAUGAUGCAGAGGAGAAGCAACUCAGAAACUCUAGAGUCAGGGAUUGGCUUACUGAGCUUAAAGAUGUUCUCUAUCAUGCCGAUGACCUUUUGGAUGAAAUCAAGACUGAAGCUCUGCGUUGCAAGAUGGAAGUAGAGGAUUCUGGGAGCAGCCGCACAAAUCAGGUACUCGAGUUUAGUUCUACUUCCAUUCAUGAACUUGACGAAAGUCUGGAACCCAGGAUUCUGGACAUUCUUGACAGAUUAGAACUUACUGUCAACGAAAAAGAUGUGCUUGAUUUGAAAGAGGGUGUUAAAGAUAGACCACAAGGAAGACUGCCCACAACUUCUUUGGUGGAAGAGUCCAGUGUAUAUGGAAGGGAUGAAGAAAAGGAGGCCAUUAUCAAGUUAUUGUUAGCGGAUGGUAUAACUGGAAAUAAGACAGAUGUGCUUCCAAUUGUGGGCAUGGGUGGGCUUGGAAAGACCACUCUUGCUCAACUCGUGUACAACGAUGACAGAGUCGAGCAACAUUUUGUCCAUCAAUCAUGGUCUUGUGUUUCAGUAGAAUUUGAUGUUAUCAAAAUAACACAGAUACUUUAUGGGGCGGUCACUUCACAAACUUGUAAUAUCACAGACCUAAACAUGCUUCAAGUUAAACUAAAGGAGACGUUGUCGGGGAAGAAAUUUCUCUUUGUUCUUGAUGAUGUUUGGACUGUGACUAAUGACGAGUGGGAUCUCUUAAGCCGACCCUUUGAGAGUGGAGGUCAUGGAAGUAAGAUCAUUGUCACAACACGUCAUGAAGAUGUUGCAGGCAUUAUAGGUACCCUUCAAAGUCAACAUCUAAUGCAACUAUCUGAGGAAAACUGCUGGUCGUUGUUCUCAAAACAUGCCUUCAAGAAUGCAGGUGUUACUGCAGAUCUGUCGCUUGAAGUGAUUGGAAAACAGAUUGCUCAAAAGUGUAAAGGACUCCCUUUAGCUGCAAAAUCACUUGGGGGUCUUUUACGUUCUGAACCAAAUAUUGAGAAAUGGGAAGAAGUGUUGAACAAUGACAUAUGGGAGUUGCUAGAUAAAAAGAAUGGCAUUUUGCCAGCUCUAUGGUUGAGCUACCAUUAUCUACCUCCGAAUCUGAAGCGUUGUUUUGCUUACUGUUCCAUAUUUCCUCAAGAUUAUGAGUUUCACAAACUGAAACUGGUGUUGCUGUGGAUGGCUGAAGAUCUCUUACCGUCGAAAUCGAAGACUACAUUAGAACAAGUCGGAGAGAACUACUUUGAUGAUCUAGUGUCAAGGUCAUUUUUUCAACAUGUACCACAGCAGUAUUCUGAUAAGCCAAUUUUCACAAUGCAUGACCUUAUCCAUGACUUAGCAAACUUUGUCUCUGGAGAGUUCUGUAUUAGGUUGGAGAACAAUGAUGACGUAUUGGAAAAUGUCAGCAAGAGUCGCCACUUUUCGUGUAUGGAUGCAUCUGCCGCAAUUGAUCAAUGGGACAGUUUGUGUGAAGCCAAGUAUUUGAGAACCUUUCUAGUAUCAAGAUGUAACUACAAGCGUCCCAACUUAGAUUUUGAUAUAUUCCUGAAGCUUCAGUGUUUAAGGGUGCUCAAUUUAUCAGUACACAAAAUUGGUGAGCUGCCUUGUUCAAUUAGCAAGUUGAAGCAUCUAAGGCACUUUGACUUGUCUCACACAUCAAUUAAAAAGUUACCUGAUGAAAUGUGUACUUUAUAUAAUUUACAGACGUUGUUGUUGCGCGCUUGUAAAUCUCUAGUUGAGUUGCCAACUGAUUUGGGAAGAUUAAUCAACUUGCGUCAUCUCGAUAUUAGAGGCACAAAGAUAGAAAAGAUGCCACCAAGGAUGGGCAAAAUGAAAGAUCUCCAAACAAUAAGAGGUAAGUUUGUCCUAGACAAAUACACUGGUGGUAACAUUGUGGAGAUUAAAGAGCUUCAGCAGUUGCGCGGAACACUAUGCAUCUCGGGGCUUCGCAAUAUUGCGCAUGUCACAGAUGCCUUGGAGACCAAUAUGAGGAAGAAGAAGUAUUUGGAUGAAUUAGUUUUGGAAUGGGGAGGCAAGUCUGGUGACACCGACGAUACGCAAAAAGAUAGAGACGUGCUGGAGAACCUCCAACCUCAUACAAACCUAAAAAAACUCGAGAUUCGAUCUUAUGGCGGCACAAGAUUUCCAGGUUGGUUGGAAGAUCUUUCUAGUUUAUCUAAUCUGGUUCAUCUUCGACUUCUGGUUUGCGGAAAUUGUUUGUCCUUGCCUUCAGUUGAGCAGCUACCCUCCCUCCAAGAGCUUGAGAUUGAAGGAUUUAAUGGAGUGGUGACUGUGGGUUCUAAGCCUUUUCCCAAUCUUCGUCUGAAAUCUUGUCCCGAGGUAACCGGGGCAUUCAUGUUAUCCUGCUUCCCAAAGCUCGAAAGCCUCGAUUUGGAGGAUGUGAAUGUAGAAUCUCUUCAUUCCACUACAGUAGUCCUCUCCCUUGUCCGACUCACAAUAUCUUCAUGCCCAAAUUUUGUUUGUUUUCAAGAUGGAGGGCUGAAUGCGCCCAACUUGAAGACCAUGGAAAUCAAGAAACUGAGGUCAUUGCCGCAACACAUGCACAACAUUCUCCCAUCUCUCGGCUACUUGGAUCUAUUUGAUUGUCCAGAACUGGAAUCAUUUCCCGAAGGGGGACUGCCGUCUAAGUUGGUAGACUUUUACAUCUGGCGCUGCAAGAAACUCAUUGGAAACCGUAUGCAGUGGGGUCUACCAACACUCACCUCUCUUGAAAUCUUGUGGGUCGACUUGAGGGGAUGUGAACAAGUUGUAGAUUCAUUUCCAGACGAGGGGCUGCUGCCCCCCACUCUCUCACGACUCCAUAUCUGCGGUAUUUCGAAGCUGGACGGCAAGGGGUUUACACAACUCACCUCUCUUAAACAUUUGGAUAUUCACAAUUGCCCUGAACUCCGGUGCUUGCCAGAUGAAGGGCUACCCACUUCCCUUUCUUCUCUGGACAUCCAGAAUUGUCCUUUACUAGAACAACGUUGCCAGAGAGAGACAGGGGAAGAUUGGCCCAAGAUUGCUCACAUCAACAGAAUUGAACUCAAUUUCGAAGAUAUAUGAUAUGCAAUGUGAAAAUUUUCUCUGAAAAUGUUCCAGAGUGGUGAAAAGCUGUCAAGUUUUAUCAUGUGGGCAAUUUCCAGUGCUGUAGAAGCAGACUCUGCAACUAUGCUUCAUUCCAAUGAAUCUCAUCAAUGUUUCACUACUAUUCCAGAGGAAAAAGAGGUGUAUAAGAAUUCUUUGAUUUCAAAACUAUUGUGUUGGCUAACUGCAACUGUAAUUCUUGGGAAGCUUGACUGGACAUCCAGUGACGUGGAUCCUGAGUUCUCAAAAUGUUUGAAUUUAAAAAGUAUGCAGUCUUCAAUAACUCAUGCUGACAAGGCAUGUGGAGAAAGGGGCCGAAACGGAUAUGGUUGUGAAGAGAUCUUGGCAUCAGCAAUUCUGUACCUUCAACAGCUCUCUGGAACAAAUUACGAAAUGCUCCCGUCUGUCGCUGCUGCCCCCAGUCUUCUCCUUUCCAGUGCCUCCAUUUAUGCAGGUUUCUUGCAUGAAAAUGAAACCGUCCAAUUGCUUUGGCUGAAGAUGCAUUGCCCUAAUGAAGCUAAUCCUGCCUUGAGAUGGUCACUUGACCAGCCAUGGAAGGAUCCGAUGUUGGAAGUCACUGAUUCCCAGAAGAUGGAAGAACUCCAUGCUUGUGAAUCACCAUUUAGUUAUAUUUUCAUAUCUGCUAGGAAAACAAUCAUCAGAAUUUCAUGUUUCGUCAACACAGUAUAUAGAUAGAUUUGGUGUGUUUGAGUGGGAAAAAAGUAUCAUAACGUCUCAGAAAUGCUUGACAGAAAGCAGAUGAGGGUUCAUUUGACAUAUUCGGUCCAAUGUAAUCACCAGUCAUAUAUGUACAGCUAAAAAAGUUGAAGCAAACAAUAUGAUUGUUUUGGAAAGCAAUUGUCUUCACACUA